AUUCCUGCUUCUUAUUCAUCAAAAGAUUCAAGUUCAUUGCAAAGUUUUCUUGGUUUCUUAUGGAGGAUGAGAGAAACAACCACGGAGGCACCAGAUCGUGUUACAGAGGUGUGAGGAAGAGGAAGUGGGGGAAGUGGGUGUCCGAGGUCCGCGAGCCCGGGACGAAGACGAGGAUCUGGCUCGGCAGCUUCGAGACGCCCGAGAUGGCCGCCGCCGCCUACGACGUGGCGGCAUUGCACUUCAGGGGGCGCGGCGCCCGGCUCAACUUCCCCGAGCUGAUGGACAGCCUCCCUCGCCCCGCAGGCCCCAGCGCCGAGGACGUCCGUGCGGCCGCUCACGAGGCGGCGGCGCGGCUGAGGCUGGCUCCCGCGGCACCGGCGCAAUCCCAGGACAUUGGUGGCGGCAGCAGCUCGGCUGGCUCUAAUCCGGCGCCGCUCACCGUGAGGCUCUCGCCGAGCCAAAUCGAAGCGAUCAACGAGUCGACCCUGGAUUCUCCAAAGAUGUGGAUGCAAAUGGGGGAGGAUCUUCUGGCGCCCGGAUGCUCUAACGACGAUGUCGAAGAGGAUGACUUUGAAGAUUCUCUCUGGGAUCUCUAACACGCUAUCCUUUUCACCCACUAACUAAAUUUCUAUUACAUUUCUAGCACGUACUUCAUACACACAAGAAUCUGGUAUACUUCCGCAUGCAUGCAUGAAAAACACCUUCAGAGCUUUACUAUCUACGUACUUUGACCUACCCUCAGGUAACCCCCAAAAAAAAAAAAAACAGAGUGUGUUCUUUUUUCUCUUCGUUUUCUUUCAAGUUCGUCCUAAAAAGAAAGCUGGUAUUCUUCAACUUAUGCUGCUGCAUUUUCCCCAUUCUUCUGGUUCAAAACAGUAAACAGCAAACAGCAAACGUGGUGAUUGUUUUUGAACUCACCAGUCCCAUUCAAUAAGAGAAACUUUUAACCAUUUUCCAAGAAAGAACUGCAUGGCUCUCAGGUCUCCACAUUGAAUGAAUGCUUGUAGGGUCCGUCCAGGUGUUGAUCUCCAAGGCAAGAUCGGAUUGGGCCGUGGAAAGUGGAGCCAAGAAGAGUGCUUGGCGGGUCAUCCCCCCCCUUCGAAAUUGACUAUAGAAA